CCUCAAUACGUAUCAGUUUUCCCCAUAUUUUCUGCAUUUACACAAGCAUUAUGGAGUUAAAAUGCCAAGUACAAAAUUACGAAUGGGGAAAAAUAGGUAGUAACAGUACUGUAGCGCAGUUAGCUAAAAAUUACACUGAAAUAGAUGAUAACGUUCCCUAUGCUGAAUUAUGGAUGGGGACACACGUAAAUGGGCCUUCCAUUGUCAAAUGCACAGGUGUACAUUUAAAGGAUUACAUCAAAGAAAAUACUUGUUUAAUCGGUGAAAAAGUUGUGGAGGUUUUUGGAGAAGAUUUGCCUUUCUUGUUUAAGGUUCUGUCGGUUAAUAAGGCUCUGUCCAUACAGGCCCAUCCUGAUAAGCAAUUGGCAGAAGACUUACACAAAAAAUUCCCUGAUAUCUAUAAGGACGAUAAUCAUAAACCUGAACUAGCCAUUGCAUUGACCCCAUUUGAGGCUUUAUGUGGCUUUAGACCUGUUAGUGAGAUUAGAAAUUUUGUUGAAAAUAUACCAGAGUUGGGCAAAAUUAUAGGGGAUCAAAUAAAGAAUAUUUCAAAUGAUGAUGAAUUUUUGAGACAGGCAUUUAUUGCUGUUUUAAGUUGUCAAAAGGAUGUUUUAGAGAAUGAGUUAAAUAUUUUUAUAUGCAGAAUACAAACUUUAGAUGCAUGCACUAAGGAUUUAAUAAUGGCGCCUUUAAUAGAAAAUCUAAACACACAAUUUCCCAAUGAUGUUGGGUUAUUUGUGGUUUAUUUUUUGAAUUAUGUUAAACUUCAGCCUUCAGAAGCCAUGUUUUUAGGAGCUAGUAAACCUCAUGCUUAUUUAUCUGGUGAUUGCAUAGAAUGCAUGGCAUGCUCUGACAACGUUGUGAGGGCUGGUUUUACGCCGAAAUUCAUAGAUGUCGACACUUUAACGUCAAUGUUGAUUUACAAGGGGGAAACCCCCAGGGAUAUUUUGUUUUCCCCUGAAGAAGAGGACGAUUUUACCAAGCUGUAUAAACCUCCUGUACCUGAUUUUGCUGUGGCGCAAAUAAAAGUUCCUAAUAAUGUUAAUUAUAGUACAAUUAAGAGAGUCAGUGCUAGUAUUUUGCUGGUUAUUUCUGGGGUUGGCAGUACUAACACUGGUGGUACUUUGGAUAAAGGCACUGUACUUUUUAUACCUGUCAAUGAAACUUUGACAAUAACUGCUGGAGAUGACUUGAUUAUGUUUCAAGCUUUUGCUAAUGUUUAAAAAUUGCUUAAUAAUAAAAUAAUAUUUCAAAAAGGUUAUUUAUUAAAAAAAUACAAAUUCUGUUAACAAAAUAAAAACAUAGUCAAUAUGUUUAAUUAAAAUAAAGCAAAAAACAUUCCAACUUAACGAAAUAAAAACCAGUUACGUUAAACUUAAAAAUACUGCAAAAACUUAACCUCCAAUCACGUCGUUUUCGUCGACGACAACCAAAUCCUCGUCCAUCAAAAUCUCGUGCGCGGAAUCGUCCGAGUUUUCGCGACUGUACACGAAAACCUCCGCGUCCGGGUUCAAGUUCGACGGCUCGCCGACAGGGUUGAAAAUGUUCAACCUUUUCGUUAUCUCGUCGUGCAUCUCGGUGUUGCCGGAUUUCUUCGCCAGUUCGGCGGCGAACUCCAGCGUUUUUUGGUCCGUGCGCCUGUACAGAAUCAUAGCCGCCUUCUCGUAUUGAUUCAGGAAAAUGUAGCUGAAAUAAAAAGUAUCGAA